CUUCUCUCUACGUAAGAGACCCUCCUCCCGCUGCUGAAGAGUCCCAUUUGUGUUGGCCCAUCCCGAGACAGCGGAGCUUGUUAACCGACUCCGCAGGAUCAUUUCUAAUUGGAACUGAACAAUUCAGAAACACCCCUGGCAAAUGUGAAAGAAUUAGAUCUGGAAAAGAACAUGGCACAGAAUUUCAUCUGCCAAGUGUUGAUCACGGUCUGGAUUUGCCUCCACUAUCUAAUGUUUGUCACUGCCCAAAAUAACAUCAACUGGGAAGUUCAGAGGUAUGAUGGCUGGUACAACAAUCUUGCCUAUCAUAAAAGAGGCUCGGCUGGUUCCCCUUUCAUGCGCCUAAUGCCUGCCAGGUACACUGAUGGCGUUUAUCAGGCUUUGGAAGAGCCUGACGUCCCAAAUGCGCGCACCAUCAGUAAUAUAAUAGCCAACGGAACAUCGGGAUUGCAGUCUAUUAAAAAUAACACCGUGCUGAGCAUUUUCUUUGGAUAUCAUCUGAUGAGUGAGAUUUUGGAUACAAGGCACCCAGCGUGUCCCCCUGAAUUCCUUGAUGUCCUGGUCCCACCUGGCGAUUCCAUCUUCGACCCCAAUGGAACAGAGAGUGUGAGGUUACUCUUUCAGCGAAAGGAAUGGGACAAGAAUUCGGGGCACAGCCCCAACAAUCCGAGGAUACAGAUCAAUGAAGCGACUGCCUGGAUCGAUGGGAGCUCCAUCUAUGGAUCAUAUCACUCCUGGUGUGAUGAAUUACGGAGUUUCUCCGAUGGCUGGCUGGCUUCCGGUUCUGAUCCUCGGCUUCCCAAGCCAAGCACCGGAGACCUGCUGAUGUGGAAUCACCCUGAUCCCUCUAAUGGAGACACGGGGCUUCGAGGAUUUUAUGAUUCUGGAAAUCCAAGGGCCAAUGAAAGCCCAUUCAUCAUGGCCGAGCACAUGAUCUGGUUCUGGUACCACAAUCAUCUCGCCUCUCAGUUUAAAGCUGGGCAUCCCACAUGGUCAGAUGAAGACAUAUUCCAACACACCAGGAAGUGGGUUAUUGCUACAUUCCAGAACAUUGCACUGUAUGAGUGGUUACCUAAACACCUGGGACAGAGUUUACCUGCUUACACAGGUUACAAGACGUUUGUUGACCCUAGCAUCUCAUCUGAGUUUCAGGUGGCUGUAUUGAAAUCUCUUGUUACCAUGGUACCACCUGGAGUGUACAUGAGGAACAGGUCUUGUGCAUUCCGGGAUGUCUAUAACAUUUACAAUAACAUGUCUCCAGCUCUCCGUCUGUGCAACAACUUCUGGAAUAGACAGAGGCGGAAUCUACAAACUGCUGCUGAUUUUGAGGAACUGAUUUUUGGGAUGGCAUCUCAAAUUGCUGAAAGGGAGGAUAACAUUAUAGUGGAAGACCUGAGAGAUUACAUGUUUGGACCACUGAAGUUCUCUCGGUCUGACCUGGUGGCUCUCACUCUCCAACUUGGAAGGGAUAAUGGUCUUCCAACGUAUAACACAAUGAGACAAGUCUAUCAGCUCCCAACAAUUAGCAAAUGGAGUGAAAUUAAUUCCAACCUGUCAAAUGAGAAUGAGGAGAUCUUUACUAAACUGGCUGAAGAAUAUGGAAACGACAUAUCCAAGCUAGAGUUAUGGCCUGGAGGACUGUUGGAGAGGAGUGGGGAGAAUGAGCUCUUCUCUAAAAUAGUGAUUGAGCAGUUCCAGCGCAUACGGGAUGGAGACAGAUACUGGUUUGAGAAUCUUCAGAACGGAUUAUUCACAGUUGAAGAAGUCAAUAAAAUUCAGAAUACUACAUUUUUUGAUGUCCUGGUGAAUGCCUUAAACACUAAUGAAAAAGAAAUUCAGAAGGAUGUCUUUGUCUUCAAAGCUGGGGACCCAUGCCGACAGCCAAACCAGUUGACCGUUAAUGACCUGGAGCCUUGCACAGAUCCAAUUGCUUUAAACUAUUUCGAGGGAAGCGCAGCUCCGUUUGGGAUUAUUAUUGUGAUACUCUGCUGUUUACCAUUGGUGUGCUUGGUGCCUGCUUAUGCAGUGGCUUUUUACCGUAAAACACAGUUCAAGAAACUACAGAAGAAGAACAGGCAGGAAUCGGUAAGGAAGAAGACUGAACCUGCUGCAGGAUUCAGAGUCUCGGAAUGGCAGGGACCCAAAGAACCACUGCGACCGGUAGACCUUUGCUUCGAUUCCAAUUAUUGCAUCAGGGUCCUGGACAGCAAGCGCUCCCUGACCCGCAUCAUUAACCUCACCAAGGACAUGCACCUUAUCACAUCAAACAGUGAUCAGAGGGUUUUGCUGCUUAAAGUUCCCAAGGAGUACGACCUGGUGCUGUUGUUUGACACAGAGGAGGACCAUGACGAUUUCAUUGAGCAGCUCAGGGAGCAACUCGAGAAGAAUAGGGCCCAUCUACUCAUGAAUGAGACUAGCCAGAGAACGAUCUUCAAAGAAGCGGUCACUAAACAGCAGCGAAGCCAGAUUUUGGAUACAUUUUUCCGGAGGGUAUUUGCACAGGUUCUAGACAUUGACAGAUCAGAUGCUGGUGAUUUCAACACCGAGAUAUCAAGGAAGGCAAAGGAAUCACUGAAUUGUGAGCUAACACGGAUAGAGUUUGCUGAUGCCCUUGGACUGAAGGACGAUUCCAUGUUCGUUGAGCAGAUGUUCUCUUUAGCAGACAAAGAUGGAAAUGGCUAUUUAUCCUUCAGAGAGUUCUUUGAUAUCUUGAUCAUAUUCAUGAAAGGUUCUCCUGAAGAGAAGUCUAAGCUCAUGUUCCAGAUGUAUGAUGUUGACGGAAAUGGAUUCCUAUCAAAAGAGGAAUUUUCUGUAUUAUUGAGGUCCUUCAUUGAGAUCUCCCAUAACUGCUUAUCAAAAUUGCAGGAGGAUGAGAUCAUGAACUCGCUGUUCAAGGAAGCGGGAUUCCAGGACAAAGAUGAACUCACCUGGGAGGACUUCCAUUACCUGUUCCGAGACCACGCAGAUGAACUGCAGUUUGCUCAGCUCAACGUGAAAGGUUUGGACAUACGAGAUAAAGCCAACAAGUUCCAGCGAGUUUCCUUCCUCAAAAACCCAUACAAGAACAACCAGGAGACUCCAGUGGAACAGGUUGGACAGGAAUUCCGAAACAGAGACAAACAGAACAAAAGGUCGCCUUACCACCACCCUAAACCCUUCACAGAAGCAAAACGGGAGAGGUACAACCGCAGCAAGGUGCAGCAGAAAAUUCAGCACUUCAAGCGCUUCAUCGAGAACUAUCGGCGGCACAUCAUUUGCGUUCUCAUCUUUUACGGAAUCGCAGCCGGUGUUUUUGUGGAACGAGCCUACCACUAUGCCGUCGAGGCAGAGACAACAGGGAUUCCACAAACCACGUACGUUGGCAUCAUUGUGUCCCGUGGAUCUGCAGCCAGCGUCUCUUUCAUGUACGCAUACAUCCUCCUUACAAUGUGUCGCAACCUCAUCACUUUCCUGAGGGAAACUUUUCUCAACCGAUACAUCCCCUUCGAUGCAGCUGUGGAUUUUCAUCGCUGGAUCGCAAUGACAGCUGUUGUACUCUCCAUCUUUCACAGCGCUGGGCACGGUGUGAAUGUCUAUGCCUUCUGCAUCAGUCCUCUCAGUGGUCUUGCCUGCCUCUUUCCCAGCGUGUUUGUCGAUGAUGGAUCAGAGCUUCCUCAGAAAUAUUACUGGUGGUUCUUUGAAACCAUUCCAGGAAUGACUGGCGUUCUGCUCCUUGUUGUCCUGGCCAUUAUUUAUGUCUUUGCCUCACGCCAAUUUCGUCGUAUGAGCUUUCGGGCGUUCUGGGUGACUCAUCACCUCUACGUGAUCCUGUACAUUCUGAUUCUCAUCCACGGGAGUUCGAACCUGAUCCAGCAGCAGAGCUUCUAUCUGUACUUCAUCGCACCGGGUCUCAUCUACCUGGGAGACAAGCUCAUCAGCCUCAGCCGAAAGAAGAAGGAUGUGACGGUGGUGAAGGCUGAACUCCUGCCCUCAGGCGUGACUCAUCUCGAAUUCAAGCGCCCUCAGGACUUUGAUUACAAGUCCGGCCAAUGGGUACGCAUUGCAUGCCUGUCACUGGGGACAGAUGAGUACCACCCCUUCACCUUGACCUCUGCACCAAAUGAGGACACCCUCAGUCUCCACAUCAGGGCAGUGGGACCGUGGACGACAAAAUUACGAGAAACCUACUCGCCAGAGAAUGUGGAGAAGUUCGGCGGCAACCCAAAGAUUUAUCUGGAUGGGCCUUUUGGAGAAGGACACCAGGAGUGGAACCAAUAUGAGGUGUCAGUCCUGGUUGGAGGCGGUAUUGGUGUAACACCAUUUUCAUCAAUUCUCAAAGACCUCGUCUUCAAGUCAUCAAUCUUUAACAAGAUUGUCUGCAAGAAGGUGUACUUUAUCUGGGUGACACGGACUCAGCGGCAGUUUGAGUGGAUGGCAGACAUCAUUCACGAGGUGGAGGAGAAUGAUAAGAACGAUCUUGUGUCCGUCCAUAUCUACAUUACACAGCUGGCCGAAAAGUUUGACCUCAGGACCACCAUGCUGUACAUCUGUGAGCGUCACUUUCAGAAGGUGUCAAACCGAAGCCUCUUCACUGGGCUUCGCUCCAUUACACACUUCGGGCGGCCCCAGUUUGUCCCUUUCUUUAACUCACUGCAGGAGGUUCACCCAGAGGUGGGUAAAAUUGGAGUUUUCAGCUGUGGGCCACCCGGACUGACCAAAAAUGUGGAGAAAGCUUGCCAACAGAUCAACAAACGGGACCAGGCUCACUUUGUACAUCACUACGAGAACUUCUGAAUGAACUGCCCUCUGCCUAAGGACAAACAACAUGAAGGAAGACCACAGUAUACCUUGCAAAAAUUGUUAAUUGUAUAGUUAUUGGUAUUUUUGCAUCAUGUUUAAUUUCCACUCAACCUGUCUCUCAGUCAUGUGCUCCACAAAAGUACUGUUGUUGUAGGAAAUGACACGCUAACUGCACCGUCCUCAUUACAACUUUGCUACAAGAGCGAGCAGAAAAGUAAUCUUUAAUCUAGUCUAGAGCUAAUAACGGGAAUUCAUUGCUUGAAGUGAUCUUCAAGCAUCUACAUCGGCUUGAAGUAAGGCCCAUGUAGAUUUUACAGAGAAGAGUUAUGUUGGUUGGGUCAAGUCAAUAGUCAUGUAGGUGAUCCAUAAUCUGGUGAAGGAAUGAGUCAGGAGGAGUGAUGAGACAUGCUCCUUCCAAUGUUUCCAAGUAGAUGGGGUCUAAAGGUGGGAAUUGCAGGGAAAAUUCUGACAUUUGGCCCUUGUGAAAGAUGAGGUCUUCAAGCUCACAAAUAGGUAGGAAAUAGACAUUAAAGUGAAUUAAAGUGACUUUUUUUCUCCUCAAUUGCCUAUCACCUCCCUCUGGUGCCCUGCCUCCUUCUCUUUCUCUCAUGGUCCACUCUCCUCUCCUAUCCGAUUCCUUCUACAACCCUUUACCCCUUCCACCUAUCACCUCCCAGAUUCUCACUUCAUUCCCCCACCCCAACCCACCCACCUUCCCCCUAAACUGGUCUCAACUGCCAACUUGUACUUCUCCUCCUCCCCACACCUUCUUAUUUGGGCUUCUUUGCCCUUCCUUUCUGGUCCUGAUGAAGGUUCUCAGCCCACAGCAUUGAAUGUUUAUUCCACUCCAUACGUGCUGUCUGACCUGCAGAGUUCCUCCAAUAUUUUGUGUGUGUGACUUUGGAAUGGGUUUUCAUUACACACAAAAAGUGAGUUAAGCAGCACCUAUAGAGGGGAACAAACAGCUGAUGUCUUUGGCAGAGACCCUUCUUCAGGACUGGAAAGAAGAGGUCAGAAGCCAGGAUAAGUAGGUAAGAGAGGGGAAACUGGCAGGUGUUUUUGAGUUCUUGUACACACUGCUAGUUUCAAAGCUUUCUUUUAGCUGCUUCAUGCCCCCUUCUCAUUGACAGUAGAGUUGGCCCUCAGAAGGCCUGAGUGACAGGGAGAAGCUGGCCAGUCUAAUUUUCCUCAAGGUCGGGAGACCAAGGCUGGGGGGGAGGGGAUAGGUUUAGGGUGAAAGUGACCAGAGUGGCAACUUUAUCACACAGUGAACAGAUUGAGUGAAAUGCCAGAGGGUAAGGCAGAAGCAUUAGAGUCUUUUAAGAACUUAGAGAGGUACUUGUAGAGGAGGGAGUUAGAGCAACAUAGGCCAAACACAGGAAAUUAGAAUACAGAACACAAAACAAUAUAGCACAGGAACAGGCCCUGGACAUUUGAUUACUUACUUAAUUAGUUCACUGCACUAUGUUUUACCAAACUAAUUAUCUAGUAAUCAUAUUGCCAACUAAACUAUUCCCUCUGCCUACACAAAGUCCUAUCCCUGCACGUUCAUGUGUCUACCUAAGAACACCUGUCAUCAUUGCUCCAGGCAGUGACCACUCUGUGUGAAAAAAAAUACACUUGGCCCACACCUCCCCUUUGAACUUACCCCCUCAUUUUAAAUGCAUACCCUCUGCUGUCAGGCAUGUCAACCCUAGAAAAAUGAUAGCGCCAGUCUCUCAUAAUCUUACGAACAUCUAUCAGGUCUUCCAGCAGUCUCUGCCCCUCCAGAGAAAAACAACCCAUGUCUGUCCAGACUCUCUGUCUUGCACAUGCCUUCUAAUCCCGGCGGCAUCCUGGAAAGGCUGUUUAUUGAUUGAUUGAUUUAUUUAUUGGGGUACAGCGCAGAGUGGGCCAUCCCAGCCCUUCGAGUCGCUCCGCAAAGCAACACCCAAUUUAACCCUUGCCUAAUCACGGACAAUUUACAAUGACCAAUUAACCUACCAACCAGUACGGCUUUGGGAUGUGGGAGAAGGCAGCAGCAACUGGAGGAAACCCACGCAGUCGCAGGGAGAACAUACAGGCGGCAGCAGUAAUCGAACCCAGGUCGCUGCUACUAUAAAGCAGUGGACCCCAACCACCAGUUUGCAGCCCGGCAGAGUUGGGGACCACUGCUAUAAAGUGCUGUGCUGACAAUGCAUUGCACUACCUCUUCAAAGAUUCCACAUCCUUCCUUAUAUGGGGUGAUCAGAAAUGAAUGUAAUACUCUUGGUGAGACCAAACUAGAGUUUUAUAAAGCUGUAACAUAAUGUCCAGACUCUUGAACUCAAUUGCUCGAUUAAUAGAGGAAAGCAUGCAAAUUGGCUUCUUCACAACUUCAUAUUUGGCUGGGUUAAACUUAAUCUGCCUUUGCUCUGCUUCUAUCUGUAACUGAUCUAUAUCCUGCUGAAUCAUUCGUCAGUCUUCUAUGCUAUCCACAACACUACUCUUCAUAUCAUCACAGCUCUUCACAACUCUUCAUACCCUCUGUGAAUUCGGUAACCUACCUAUUCACGUUUUUACACAGAUACAGGUCAAUUAUAUAUACAAACAGCAGUGCUCCCAGUAUGAAUCCCUGCAGAAUACCACUGGUCAUGGACCUCCAUCCAGAAUAAAUCUGUCACAACCUCAGGGCAAUAGUCGUAGUUUCUAUGGGUUAUUUUCUUUACAGUUUCUUUGUUUUUAUUUCUUGAUUAGAUAUUUAAUGAUUGUUUUGCUUUGGGCCAUUGUUGUUUUUGUUUUCCAUAUACGCUCACCAUGAUCUUAUAGAUGUUAAAUUUACAGCUUUGGGUUUGUUUUUCAGAUGUUCUUCUAAUGUCUUUGUAUAAUUUACAUUUAGUUGGGGCCUUGUUCACCUGUCAAUGGGCCCUCAUUAACUUCUCUUGUUUGACUUUUUGGCUUUAUUGUUCUGUCUGAUUGUUAGGGGUAAGUUAACAGGACAUGAACUGUUUCAUGCCCUGAGAUAUAUUUAAAGGAGCAAUGUUAUCCCCUCAGUUCUCAGUCAAUGAUGAUCCUUGCUGGCAGUUUUCUGUUCUCUGUGUCCUUGUAUUAUUCAUGGUUUGAUUAAGUUUAUUUGUUUAUUUGUCUUUCCGAGUCUCCGGGUGAUUUCCUGCGCCUGGAUCUGAACAUGAAACCUGACAAAAUCCCAUUGAUGUCCAGCCCCUGUCUUCUAAGAGCAAGACAACUGAGAGUCCAAACAGCCAAUUCACCAUGGAUCCCAUGCUUCUCAAUCUUCUGAGAGAGCUUCCUCUGAGGGACUUGGUCUCACACCUUACUAAAGUCUGUGAGACAACAACCAAUGCUCUACCUUCAUUACCUCCUUGAGAAACUCAAUUGUUAAUAAGAUAAUGCCUGUCCUGCACAGAGCCAUGCUGACUGUCCUGUAAUUAGCACUAGCUUUCCAAAUACUCAUCCCUAAGAACCUUUCUAGUCACUUCCCUACCACUGAUGUGAGACUCUCCAGACUAAAGUUUCCAGGAUUAUCCCUUCUUGAAUAAUGGAACAAGAUUAGCUGUUCACCAGUCGUCUGGGAGCUCACCUGGGUUGGCACCAUGUUCCGCAGGGAACGGUUGCGCCAGACAGCGUGUAUCUGUGCCGCAUUGAUCUUUGACUCUAUGUUGAUUGAAGAGCUUUCUCUAACUGUUGAGAGGACAUCCCACUAUCACUCAAACCCCACUGCAGCAAGGUCUCUCGGAUCGCAGUCAAAAGGAUCUUGGUACCACUGACCAAUGCUUGUUUGAGAUACCUCUCUCCAUUCAAAUAUCCCCUGCUUGUUUGCAGCCAACCCAAAUUCUAACCCAAAGCAUUAGAGAGGCACCAUCAACACAAUCCCAGCAAAUCCCUUCAGCAAGAGCGAAACAAUGUCAGUGUUCUGUCCCAGGACAAUCCCCCCCUGCACUGAGCCACAUUGCUGGCAAGAGGCUACAAGGUACAAAGAAAAUUCAAGGAUGUUCUUGGGAGCCUUCUUGAAAAAAUGUGUAACAUCCUUAUGGAUGUCCUUGGGAAUUAUUGAAAAUAAAGAGAUGGUCAGCACAGAUCCUGUGGGCCAAAGGGUCUGCUGAUGAGUGGUACUGUUCCAUAAUCACUCUGAACCUUGAAUUCAUGAGUCUGGUCCUCACAGAGGCAUGGUAUACACAGUGGAAGGGGUCACAAAUUGCCUACUCACCCAGCCAGUCAAGCACCCACAGUACGUGAUGUGUGGUAAAGCCUAUGAUCACCUUAACAGCAAAACCCGAGAUAGUGUAUAGUGUAGUUCAAUGAUAGUGUUAGUAGAUGUCUCUGAUUGUGAAAAUGUGAAAGAAAUAAAAUAGUGUG